CGCGUUACGUAUGCGUGGCUAAUAAAUCUUUACUCUCUUCAAUUUCCACAAUUCCAAAUCCGGAAAAAUGGCUCUCCGAUCUGUCAAAACGCCGCCGUUUGUAACUCCAACCGCCGUCGUGUCCUCCUCAAUUAUCAACAAACCACAGUCUUUCAGAUUCGUCUCCAAACCGUCGGCAUCACUCGCCGUCCACAACCUCCACCAACCGAUCUCCAUCAUCCGUUCGAAUCUCAUACCCAAACUCAAGCCAGCUUCUUCCGCCGCGAAAUUCCGGUGCUCGGCGUCGGCGCUCACGCCGCAGCUUAGAGAUACGCUGGAGAAGCUGGUGAAUUCGGAGAAAGUUGUGUUAUUCAUGAAAGGAACGAGAGAUUUCCCGAUGUGCGGAUUCUCGAACACGGUGGUGCAGAUCCUGAAGAAUCUGAACGUCCCUUUCGAAGACGUGAACAUUCUUGAGAACGAGAUGCUGAGGCAAGGGCUGAAAGAGUACUCCAAUUGGCCGACGUUUCCUCAGCUCUACAUCGGCGGCGAGUUCUUCGGUGGUUGUGACAUCACUCUCGAGGCGUUUCAGAGUGGUGAGUUGCAGGAAGUUGUUGAAAGAGCUAUUUGUUCUUGAAGCUGAACGAUACUUUGUAUUGGUUUGGUUAUUGAUGCUUUGAUUUGGGUUUUGUAAUGAUGUUAUUGAUGGUUAUCUCUUAUGUCCUGAACCAGAGGCUUCUUGAUGUCUCAUUGUUUAUGUCUGUCUAGUAACUUCAUAGACACUGUAUGAUGGAACCACUAUGUGCAUUAAACUCUUUAGUCGUUACAUUACAAAAGUCUUCUUGAUGUCUAAGAGUUCAUGGUUGGUGGUAACGUAAGAGACAUAUUGUAUGAUGGAAGUCUUGAGUGAGUCUCCUUGUUGAUUUGAUC